AUGCCGGAUAAAGUGACGGAAGCUCGGAACACGCCGCCCGCCAAGGUGUCUUCAUUUUUUAUAGAGAAUCUACUGAGAAAUAAUGGAAAAGGAAAACAGCCGGAGAAAAUGGUGGAGAACGCGGAAGAAGUCGUAUCCAGACCAAACUGUUUCCACAACGGAACGGCUGGCAACCAUUGCAUCCAAGGCUGCUGUCAGAUAUCCGGUCAGGAGUUCUGUGCGCAGACCUAUCCACUCAGGGGAAAUGCCUUACAGUGGUACAGACAAGCACAGCCGAGAUGUCCCAGUCCAGACAGUUCGAAACGCGGAUGUCCAAGUUCCGAGGAAGAACAGUGCUUUUCUCUCACAACCAGUGAUCUGGACUCCCCACCGGUAUUGGACAAAGGAGACAGCCACAAGGAAACUUGUAACCCAGAGAGGGGCGACCCCAGGGAGGAGAAGAGGUCAGAGGCGGAGAGCAACGAGGCUGCGAGAAACCAGGCGGAUGCUGAUCAGAAAUCCGGUCGCAAAAAGAAAACGCGCACUGUCUUCAGCAGGAGUCAAGUUUUCCAGCUGGAGUCCACUUUUGACAUGAAACGUUAUCUAAGCAGUUCCGAGAGGGCGGGUCUGGCCGCUUCUCUUCACCUGACCGAGACUCAGGUCAAAAUCUGGUUCCAAAAUCGGAGAAACAAGUGGAAAAGGCAGUUGGCCGCAGACCUGGAAGCAGUCAAUCUUUCUCAUAGUGCACAGAGAAUUGUGAGAGUUCCCAUCUUAUAUCAUGAAAACUCAUCACCUGGCGCCUUAAACUUCAGUCUACCGCAAGUGUCCCCUCCUCUGGUGAGCUUCUCCAGCUCUGUAAAUUACCCGCUCACAGCAUUCUCGUCUUCUUUGCCUUUUCUACGAUCACAGAUGAGUGGACUUGUUUAG